AUGAUGAUCUGAACAUGGCGCCGAUCCUUGGGUCGGUUGCCCAAGUUUUACGGCAAGCGGAAACAUUGAAAGCCGCUUUGAAAAGCAGUGUUGAAGAUUUUGCUGUUGGCAGUGAAGGAUGGCAGUCUAGGCAGAGACUACAAGAUUUGUACAAAAGUAUCCUGCUAACAGACUUAGAGUCUGCCCUUGACAAGAAGGUGGAACAAGAUUUGUGGAACAGUGCUUUUAAAAGCCAGAUUGACUUUUUAAGACAUCAAACGAAGGAAAGGAAGGGCUCCAAAAAAUUGGAGGUCCAGGCUGUUUUGACCUUAUUUCUUGAAGCUGCCAGUGGCUUUUAUAUUCAGCUGUUGCAGGAGUUGUGCCUGACAUACAGGCUAGACAUUCCUGGUCAUGUCAGGUCAUCACAGCUGGGUAUUCUUGAAGAAAUCAAUGGCAACAGUAGUCCAGUGAAGAAACCUCACACUCAGUCUUGUUAUUAUAUCUGCCAAGACUGUCUGGUCCACUUAGGAGAUAUUGCACGUUAUUGUGAUGACCCUGAGCAGGCUGAAGUGUUUUAUCAUCAUGCUCUUGUAUUAGUGCCAUCAAAUGGUCAACCAUACAACCAGCUGGCCAUUCUAGCAAGUGGUAAAGGAGAUGAGCUGGGUACUGUGUAUUACUACUGUAGGAGCAUUGCUGUUAAGAAUCCAUUCCCAGCUGCAUCAACAAAUCUUCACAAAACAUUGAGCAAAGUGGUUGCCAGGCACAAUACAAGAGAUGGCAUUGCAGACAUAUCCAAGGCAGAGUUUAGCCAUAUUUUCCUACAAUUUCAUGGCCUCAUGUAUCUUGCUCAAGAUUUUGAUCAAGCAAGAAUUCUGAAAGAUCGUGUUGUUGCUGCACUUAAAGGGAUCUUGAAGGAGAACAAAUUUACCUCUGAGUUCCUAACCAAAUUGGUAGCAAUCACUUUAUUUCUUUUGUGGCACAUCAGGACAGGAGGGGGAGAUGAUCUGGAGGAGUUUGAUUGUAUUGGCAAGGAUGAAGAGGAGUGUUGGCAAAUGACUCUGGAGUUUACAGUGGAGCUAUUUGAUAGCCUUGUUCUUCAUGUCUGUGACAAUGACCCAUCCAAGGAACAGUCUGCGGCAGGGUGUGAUGUUCUACCAGCUUUGAACCUGUUAUGUCAGUGGAUGGUGGGCUCAUCUCCUAACACCUGGAAUGGACAGCUGCUGAAGAAGACUAAGGUGUGGGAGGACUUUGCAGCGUUGUUAAACUUAUUACAAGUGACACACCCUCAUCUUCCAGAGAAAAUUGAUCUUCCUCUUCACGAAGACUGGGAACUGCAGAGCUUCCUGCCUCUUAGGGUCAGUCAGAGGAAACUAACUUACAGUAUGAAGAGGACAAGACCUGAAGAUGAGUCUGUACAUAGAGUUGGUAGGCUGGUCAGGUUUGGAAAUCGACUGGUGAAUAACGCCAGUAUCUUGUCCAAAGUAGAGGAUCUCACAACUGGCUUGUCUCACUUCUCACUGAAGAUAAACACUUCAUCGCCCAUCGAAGAGGAAGAAAAGUUUCCAAAGUCACCCCAAGACAUUGAUUUGGAGUCUGCUGGGCAAAAGCUUUUGGCUUCUUUGCCCAACCUGAACAAAACGACCCCAGCAGGAACACCAUUUGCUGAAACGAGCUCCUUGUUCAAGGGACCGUUGGAUGUUGUUCAGACUUCAGCGGGAAUUGUCCCACCCUCCCCAUCCACAGUAGCGCAAUACUCACUGUUCCAGUCGGGAUGGAACGUACCCCUGACUUCUGCGGCUCUGUCUCAACCAGAUCACCCUUCCCCAAGACCUGUUUCCAAGCCUACACAUCACCGUGUAUCCCCGACUGACCACUUGCCUUCGGCCACCGGAAGCAGUUCCGUAUUUCCACCCACUCUACCUUCUCCCCCGGUUCCUGAAAACCGCAGACCAACCAGUUUUGGAACCAGUUUCCCCCCCGCCGCGAUACAUGGAAAUUUUAACUCUCCUUCCCAGUCUCCUUUUGGUGGAUUUGGUUACGGUGGUGGAUGGAGUUCUGGGGUCUGGGCGCCAAAUUCAUCGAGUGCCAGUGGCAGUGGUGGAACAAGUCCUGGAGCACAUGGAUUGCAUUCCAUUUGGGGUUCCGACUUCACUCCUCCCUCGGAGGGCAUGUCUCCUCUGCAGCAACUGCUACAGGAGCAGAAGAAACACCAACAGAAGGACACCUGAUGAUCCAGUUUAAAAUCCUAAGUGAGGUUCAACAUGACCAAUUCUAAGUGGUUUCCAUGAAGACAGAGGGUGUAGUUACACGGGAACACGAGCACACCCAGCUCAAUUAUUACUGCAUUUGGAGCUUUAAUACCAGUUCAUUAGCAGUCACCGGGAAUGCUAUGCAAUACACCAACAUUGAGUGCUGAAUUCCUGAGCUGCUUUAGAUUUCCCCGUCAGUGGGUUUUUCUGCAGUUUUUGAAUCAAGAGCGUAGAAAUAUGACGAGCCGAAAAGAAAAUUUCUUGAAAACUCGGUAGGGCAGAAUCUUGAUUUCUCCGUCGUCUCUAUCAAAAGAACGUAGUAUUGAGUAAAGAAUAAGGUUCUACAUUUAGAUAUCAACACUUGGACAGUUUUAAUUGUAAGCUUCCAUACACAUAGUCACAGAAUCUGUGGCUUGUAAUUGAAAGUAUUUUGUUGUCAACCCUAGAUUCUUGUUUAAAUUAUAUCGAGUAAAGAAUAAUCACGUUACUGCACAUUUUGAUGUGGAAAACAUAUAUCCAUGACUUAAGUUCGCCUCUAAAUUUUACAUGUUUCAGGUAAAAAUCCAAACUUAAUCUUUGAACUGAUUUAUCUGUGAUUCCAUAGAUGUAAGAGGGCUCUGACCUCUGAGGUCGCCGAGUAUGCAAUUCAAAAAUAAGUUUUAAGCUUAAUGUUGGCGAUUGCUAACAAGCGCUAGAGGGACCUAAGCUUGUUGGAAUUGUUUCAUAUUUGCCGUGUUGAAGUGUUAAAGCAUUUAUUUUUCUUCAUUGAACUGAGUUCACUCAGGUAGGCAGUACGUUCACAGUCAGUGAUAUUCAAUGUAUGUCAGGUUUCCAAUUUUCUCUCCAUCACUAACAUAUCGAAAACUAAAAGAAGGCAGUCAUUAAUUUGCUUAUUAAUUAAUAGCUAUGGCGGUUUUUGGUCUGAUUAGAAAGUGUUGGUAGAAUUGCAAUCAUUUUGCAGGGGUGUCGCAUUUUCUUUUAGGAGCUCUAACCGUUGUGAUUUCGUAAUGUUGAGACGCUUUGCGACAAUAAAAACUUUGGUCCAUUAA